CAACCCUGUGAACAGCCUGCAGGCACAAAGUGGACAGCCGCCAGAGAGUGUUCAACAACAAAAACAGAAAUAGUGAGACAGGCCCUUCUGGACAGCCUAUCUCACUAACUCACACAGAUCUUACAGAAACACUUUUUCUCCAGGAGAGGUGAGCCUGUCAGCAUGUCCCGAGACAGCUUUGUCUUCUCUCCCAUGGCCCUGCGUUCUCUUGAAAAAGACAAGGACAUGCUAGACAAGGACAAGUACAAGAGACAGCUCGGCUCCUAUCACCUCAGUAGCUAUAUGCUCAAGAAAGAGGCCACAGACAGAACGCUGCUGAGGCCCGGUGCUGCCCGGCCACCAGCUAUCUGCCAAGAUGUGGUUGUUCAAAACGCAUUGUACACAGGAGACCACGAGGCCAUGCAGCGCCUUUUUCCACGAGGAUCUUCGGCUAACUUUGUCAUUGAGCCCCAGGGUGGGGAAAUGCGCUGGGUUGCCCGGGGAGAAGGACUGUGGUCACUGACUUACGAGCAGGAGCUGACAACACCGCUUCACAUCACAGCUGGUCGGGGUUUCACAAACUGUCUGAAACUCCUGCUGCAACGAGGGGCGAAUGUAGACCUGGCACCUGGGGGCACCACCGCCCUGCACGAGUCCUGCGAAAACUGCCAGCCGGAGUGCACCAAGCUGCUGCUGGUCCACGGCGCCAACGCCAACGCCGUUUCUGAGGACGGCCUCAUGCCUCUGCACGUUUGCACAAGUCCUGAAUCCCUCGAAUGUGCUAAGUAUCUCCUCCAAUACGGCGCUGCGAUCAGCGGUGGCUCUGUGGACGAGGGCGACACUCCUUUACACGUUGCGGCCAGGAACGGCCUUCAAGACCACGUGGAGCUGUACCUGCGCUACGGGGCCGCUUUGGACAAACGGAACAACGAGGGUCUGACGGCCCUGAACGCGGCCUGUUCCCAACCUCAGGAGUUACACGACCUGGGGCGCUACUUCAGAGUGUGCCGCACGCUGCUGGAGGCCGGGGCCGACGUCCACACCGCGGACCAGGACAAACACACUCCCUUGCACAUGGCCUGCAAGAACGUGAACCCGGACAUAGUGGACCUGCUGCUGGCCAGAGGCGCCUGGGUGAACGAGAUGGACUACGGCGGCGAGGCCCCCAUGCACAACGUCCUGAAGGUGGUGUGCUACAAGGUGGCCCAUGAGCCCGAGAGGAUCGUGCGCGCCCUCCUCAACCACGGAUCCAUUCGCGUGUGGCCCGGAGCCCUCCCCACGGUUUUAAAGCGCUGUUCAGAAUCUCCACGCACCAUCGAAGUUCUCCUGAACGCCUACAGUCAACUGAAAAUCACAGAUACCUGGGUUGAGUCUGUGUCUGAAAGUGCUUUUCAGAAGCACAAAGACUUCUACGAGUCGAUCUUCUCCUUGAGGAGGACUCCUCGCUCUCUGCAGCACUUGGCUCGCUGCAAGCUCAGAAGUUUUCUGGAGGGCCGGAUAAUCAAAGUUGUCCCAAAACUUGACCUUCCUACCUUCAUCAAGAACUACCUGCUCCUAGAAUACAGAGGUUAUAUGAACUAAAAGCACUUUGAUGUCUAGUCUGGCGAGGAAUUAUGCUGCUAAAUGUGAAAGAGUUGUUUUUUCCAAUUAUAUUGUGUUUAGCUUUUAAUGACACAUAUAUUGCCAGCACAUUUUGCCGUACAUCCAGUCACCUUUAUUCUUCUGACUACACAACAGUGUGAGUCUGCACCACCAGAGGGCGCUACAGACUACAAGUGAGGAUUUGCAGUUUUCUGUUUUAUAUGAUUUAGAUGAUUUUUCACUUAUUUUCUAACUGUUAAUCAGCUUGAAAUGUAUUUUUAUACACAAUAACUGCGAUAGUUUGAUGGUGAUGCGCACAAUAAUUAUGUGUUGUACUUUAAAGACUUGACUUGUUUGCAUAAAUACAUAUUUUCCCCACAGAGACAAUUACAUUUAAGAGACUUUCUUAAAAUUACGCUUGGUAUAAAUUAGAAUACACCAUUGAGACCACUUCAUCUGAUUUUUUAAUCUUUUUUUAUUGUUUGCUCUUUCCAUAUUUUUUUCUGUUUUGUGUCAGUGCCGUUGUUUUCCUGUUUCAAUCACAAUAAAGAAUC